AUGCUUUCUACCAAUCGAGCAAAACCCAAUGAUCUUUUCAAUUUUCAAGGUAUACGAAAACGUAUUAUAAUUGCACCAGACUAUUCGUCAAAUGAUGAACGAUUAAAGACAAUAACUUCUGAAGAUGAAAAUAAACAGAUUGAUAAUGAAUAUAAUGAAUUAGAUUUAAUUGGUGAACAAUUUGAAGCUUAUGUUCGACCAUCCAUUGAACGAUCUCAAUGGAUUUCUAAUCGUAAACAUGAACGAAAUGAAAUAGAUCGUCUUGGAGAUAUUAUUCAUUUUUAUGAACAUAAACCAAACUUAACCGAAUUUGAAAAACGUGUUUAUAAACGAUUAACACGUCAAGAUCGAUCAGUUCAAACAGAUCAAGAACCAGAAAAAAAUUUAAACACAAAACAAAAUCGAAAUCGUGUACCAGUUAUUCGUCUUCCAACACCAUUAGCCAUGGAACGUGUUGAAAAUUUUUUAAUUGAUAAUCAUUGGCGUUUAGUUGAUUUAUUUCGUACACUUGAUCGAGAUAAAUCAUGGACUGUUGUUAAAGAAGAUUUUAUGCAUUUAGCUGAAAAAGAACAACUUAAUAUAACGGAUGCUCAAGCUGAUGAAUUGAUUACAUGCUUUUGUCGAGAAGUUGAUGUUCCAUUGAAUUAUAAAAGAUUUGCUCGUGGAAGAGCACUAUAUAAAAAAAAUAUACGAGAAAGUGCUAGUAAAACUCCUAGUUCAUUGGAUACUCAACUUGAAUCAGAUACAUCAACAACACCCUCUUCAAGUCAUUUACAACUACCACCAACUGAUAUAUCACAUCAAUAUCCAACACGAGAUUCUUCUUCCUCAUAUAGUCGAUCAACUAAAUCCUCAUUAGCAAAAAAUAAAAGAGUAUCAGUAUCCACAGUACGAACUGAAAGUAAAUUAAGUACAUAUGAAUAA